AUGGCCAUCACGCGAAGGCAUACCGGCGCAGGAGGCGGUGCGAUGGCGGAACCGGAGCGUAUUCAAGUGUCAACGAGCCAGAGAAUGAUAUCGGCGACAUGGGGUAGUAUCUUGACGUCUCUGCUAGUCACUCCGCUCGAUGUCGUGCGUGUUCGCCUUCAAGCUCAGACUGCAUUCGUCAAGUUGCCAGUAAUCACCCAGCCGUCAGGGUUCUUCAAGGAAUUACCACCGAAUCUCGGCGUCACAGCCUGUUGCCGCGAGGUGUUUUGGGUCGGAGACAAUGGUCAAUUCUGCAUGGUUGGACAGCAGGUCCCCGAGAUUGGAAAGCCUCCGGGUGCGGUGAUGGCGGCGGAAUGCGCCGUGGAGGAGACGCAGCGCAAGACGUUUACAUCGACGUUUGAUGGCUUGCGCAAAAUCGCGCGCAACGAGGGUCCGUUGUCGCUAUGGAGGGGUCUGAGCCCAACGCUGGUCAUGGCCAUUCCGGCGAACGUGAUAUAUUUUACCGGCUACGAUUGGUUGCGGUACGAUAGGAGGAGCCCGAUCGCUCGAUAUGUGGACGAGCGCUCCGCGGCCUUUGUGGCGGGCUCGGUGGCUAGAAUUGCUGCGGCUGCGGCUAUUAGCCCCAUUGAAAUGUUUAGGACACGGCUACAGGCGACAUCUGGAACGGGUACGGGCCACUUCAAAGCGACUCUACGAGGAUUACACCAGAUGACACAGACGCAGGGUUAUAGCGCGCUCUGGCGAGGAUUAAAUCUGACCAUGUGGCGCGACGUACCGUUCUCCGGCUUGUACUGGUGGGGAUACGAAAGCAUGAAGGCGUCGCUUGCGAGCAUACGCGCCAGGACGUUUCCACACACGGCUCACAUGGCGGCCCACGAGCCGCAGAGCAGUGGUGUUGUCUUUGUGGAAAGUUUUACGGCUGGUGCCGUGGCAGGCGCAGUUUCGGCACUCAUCACCACGCCGUUUGAUGUCGGGAAAACCCGCCAGCAGGUCUUUCGACACCUGGGAGACGACGCGCUGUUGAACCCGGCAGCAAGCCCGCCAACUACAAGCGGCUCGUUUACUUCCUCCUCGUUCACUAAGCUAGGCGGGUCCGUAGCUUCGACGAGUCGAUCCGCGAUCCGACCCGAACAGCUAUCCAUUCCGAGGUUUCUGCUUCACAUUUUCCGAGAAGAAGGCCUCUCGGGCUUGUUUCGCGGGUGGGCCGCGCGGUGCAUGAAAGUUGCGCCUGCGUGUGCGAUCAUGAUCUCUAGCUACGAGCUUGGGAAGCAAAUGGCAGGCCAGGUCAACGAGAGACGGCAUCAUCCCGAGCACGAGCACAGCGCGAAUCCGGACGGGAUAUGA